UAUGAAAACCCAUGGACGAUCCCAAAUAUACUGUCAAUGGCAAGAAUGGGUUUGGCGCCAGUUUUAGGCUAUUUGAUUGUUGAAGAAAAUUUCAAUGUUGCACUAGGUGUCUUUGUUUUGGCUGGCGUAACGGAUUUGUUGGACGGGUUUAUUGCACGCAAUUGGGCUAAUCAGAAAUCAGCUUUGGGAAGUGCUCUUGAUCCGCUGGCUGAUAAAAUUCUCAUCAGCGUGCUCUACGUGAGCCUAACGUGUGCAAAUCUUAUCCCAGUUUCACUCACUUCCAUGAUCAUUCUGAGAGAUGUAGCGCUCAUUGCUGCUGUUUUUUAUGUGCGAUACAAAACUCUUUCUCCACCGAGAACGCUCAGUAGGUAUUUUAAUCCCUGUUACGCUACAGCCCAACUAAAACCAACGUUCAUUAGCAAGAUGAAUACAGCGGUUCAGCUGAUUUUGGUGGCGGCUUCUUUAGCAGCUCCUGUUUUCAAUUAUGUGGACAGCGUGUACCUGCAGACGUUAUGGUGCGUCACAGCUUUCACAACGUUAACAUCUGCAUAUAGCUAUUACCACUAUGGUCGAAAAACAGUUCAGGUGAUAAAUAACAAAUGAAGUAUUCUUGAAAGGACCUGGCAGCAUGGUUUGCUGUACUGAAGAAGAUGGUUGUAAUGCAACUGGGCUUGUGAUAAAGAACUAUGUUUUUCUGCUCGAACCAUGGCAUCACAGUGAAAUGAAGUUUGAACGUGUACUGUGUGUAUAUAUAGAGACUUUUCAAUGUAUUUUUAAUUUGUUUAAAAAUAAGGUUCUUUAUAAAAACAAAUAAAUAAUGUUCUUAAACACAUGGGUUACUAAUUGCUGCCAUACACGUUUUUAAUAAUUUUGUAUUGUUUUUGAAGUAAGAAAUACGGACUUUUCACCAGCUUUUUUAGCAUCUUCGUACAAUACACUGACUAGAUCUGAGAAGAAAAAGCUGUUGUAAGAAUUUGUCUUUGUACCUCAACCUAAGUCAAUAAAGUAGCGUUGCUUAUUAAGAUUUA